AUCCCACCCCAGGCCAUGAGGGCGGGUCCGGACCUGGCCCUGCCCCCCUACCCCAGGCCUCCGCCCCUGCCCUUCCAGCGCUCCAGGCGGGCCGGCGCCCAGGUAGAUCGGGAGCCCAAACCUGUCGGGCCGGUUUUGAGAGCAGUGGGACCGAGGCUGGUGAAGGAUGCACGGCCUGCCCCGUGCUCCGCCCGCUCUCUCAGCCGCCUGAGUCCGGCUCCUGCCUGCCCUGCAGCCCACCGGGCCGACCCCAUGAUGCGCGCGCCAGGCCUCCUGGCGCCCCUGCUGGGCCUGGGGCUGGCCCUGAGACUGCCGGGGUCGGGGGCCGCGGACUGCGGGUCCCUCGGCCCGGUGGACCGCCUGGCAUUCGCCCCGGCGGCCAGGGCGCCGUGGCUGGCCCCUCGCGUCCGCGCGCCGGGUCCCCUGGACCCCCUCUAUGGCACCGUGCGCAGCUUCCUCUCCGUGGUGCAGCUGAACCCCUUCCCCGCUGGGCUGGUAAAGACCCUGCUGAAUGAGCCAGCUUCCGUGAAGGUGGAUGAGGUGGUGCGGUACCAGGCAGGCUACCUGGUGUGCGCUGUGAUCGCCGGCCUCUACCUCCUGGUGCUGCCUACCGCCGGCCUCUGUUUCUGUUGCUGCCGCCGCCGCCGGCGCUGUGGAGGCCGCGUGAAGACGGAGCACAAGGCGAUGGCCUGUGAGCGAGGCACCCUCAUGGCCUUCCUGCUGCUGACCACCCUCGUGCUGCUGAUUGGUGUGGUCUCUGCCUUUGUCACCAACCAGCGUGUGCAUGAGCAGGUGGGCCCCAGUGCUGCGGCUGUGCCUGAGACUCUGCUCAGCCUCCGGGGGCUGUUCUCUCAUGUCCCCCAGGAGCUGCAGGCCGUGGCACAGCAGUUCUCUCUUCCCCAGGAGCGAGUCUUGAAGGAGCUGGAUGGUGUAGGCGUGAGCAUCGGGAGCGUGAUCCACACCCAGCUCAGGAGCACCGUGUACCAGGCACUGGCCUCAGUGCACAGCCUGGGCCAGGCCCUGCAGGUCUCCGUGGACCACCUCCGAGCCCUGAACGCCACCUCGGUGGAGCUGCUGGAGGGACAGCAGGACCUGGAGCCGGCUGUCCGGGAGCGCCGGGAGCACCUCCUCGCCCUGCUGCAGGAACCCAGCUGCCGGGGCUGUGCAGAGGCCCUGAGCCAGGCCCGCGCCCUGGAGCUGGGAGCCAACUUCAGCCAGAUGCCCGCCAUGGACGAUGUCCUGCAUCAGCUGAAGGGUGUCCCAGAGGCCAACUUCUCCAGCAUGGUCCAGGAGGAGAACAGCACCUUCAACUCCCUCCCGCUCUUGGCUGCCCUGCAGACGGCCGACAUGGUCAGAGAGCUGAAGAAGGCCAUGGCCCAGGAGCCUGGAGGGCUGAGGACACUGGCUGAAGCGUUCCCGGCCUGGGAGGCAGCCUCUCGCUGGAGCCGGGCACUGGAGGAGGUGGAAGAGAGCAGCCGCCCCUACCUGAAGGAGGUGCAGAGAUAUGAGAAAUACAGGUGGAUUAUGGGCUGUGUGCUGUGUUCCGUGGUCCUACUUGUGGUGGUCUGUAACCUGCUGGGCCUCAACCUGGGCAUCUGGGGGCUGUCUGCCAGGGAGGACCCCAGCCACUCAGAAGCCAAGGGCGAGGCUGGAGCCCGCUUCCUCAUGGCGGGUGUGGGCUUCAGCUUCCUCUUCGCUGCACCCCUCAUCCUCCUCGUCUUUGCCACCUUCCUGGUGGGUGGCAACGUGCAGACGCUGGUGUGCCGGAGCUGGGAGAGUGGGGAGCUCUAUGAGUUUGCAGACACCCCAGGGAACUUGCCCUCGUCCAUGAACUUGUCCCACCUUCUUGGCCUGAAGAAGGACAUCAGCAUCCUCCUGGCCUAUCAGCAGUGCAGGGAAGGGGCUGCUCUCUGGAAGGUGCUGCGGCUCAAUGACUCCUAUGACCUGGAGAAGCACCUGGAUAUCAGCCAGUACACCGCCAAGCUACAGCAGGAGUUACGGAGCCUCAAACUGGAAGUGAAGAAUCUGGACUUGCUGAGCCCAGCUGCCCGCCGGGACCUGAAGGCCCUGCAGAGCAGUGGGCUCGAGAACAUCCGCUACCCUGGCUUCCUCGUUCAGAUCCAGAAGCCCGUGGUGAACACUGACAUGGAGAAGCUGGCCCAGGAGCUGCAAGGACUGGCCCAGACCCAAGGCAGUGCUGUGCUGGGACAGCAGCUGCGGGAGGAGGCCCAAGGGCUCAGAAACCUCUACCAGGAGAAGGUCCUCCCCCAGCAGAGCCUCACGGCCAAACUCAACCUCAGUGUCAGGGCCCUGGCAUCCUCUGCCCCAAAUCUCCAGCUGGAGACCUCCGAUGUCCUGGACAAGAUCACUAACCUAAGAGGAGAGCUGCCUACCUGGGCCACCCAUAUCCUGAAGAAUGAAAGUGAGUGUUUCCUGACCCGGGAGAUGGGCUACUUCUCCCAGUACGUGGCCUGGGUGAGAGAGGAGGUGACUCAGCGCAUCGCCACCUGCCAGCCCCUUUCUGGAGCCCUGGACAAUGGGCGUGUGGUCCUGUGUGACAUGAUGGCUGACCCCUGGAACGCCUUCUGGUUCUGCCUGGCAUGGUGCACCUUCUUCCUGAUCCCCAGCAUCAUCUUUGCUGUCAAGACCUCCAAAUACUUCCGUCCCAUCCGGAAACGCCUCAACUCCACCAGCUCUGAGGAGACUCAGCUCUUCCACAUCCCCCGGGUCACCUCCCUGAAGCUGUAGGACCCCAGUGGGGAUGUUUGCAGUACAAAGUGAUGCCCAGGUUGCUGCCUGCCCCCUUGACUUGGCCUGGACCAGAGAACUCCUGUCGCUCUUGCCCCCAGAGCCCAGGUCACAUGCAGGCCUGGAUUGCCGCCCACUCCAGUUGUCUGACCCCAUCUUACCUGUCUACCUCCAUUCUGCUCAAGACCCCUUCACUCUUCCUCAAAAAUGCAUUUAACUUCUGUUGAACUACAGGGCCAACAGGUUCUUCCAGAUGUCUAUCCCUUAUCCUCCUUGCUGCACUAUAUCAGCACCAGGAAGAGCCUGUCCUCAGCCUCUUGCGUGGGACAGACGCCCUGUCCCAGCCCACUCUGUCACCAUGCCCCUCCCCUUGCCCACGCCUCCCCCCGCUGCUCUGCAGGCUCCUGGCCCCUUUCCUCAUCUACCCUCCCCACUUGCCCCAGCUUCAUUCUGUCCCCUCCCCAGCCCUUACGUCCUCUCCCCAGGGAAGCCCUUCUCCCCUUUGUUCCCUCUUGACCUUAUCCCACCACCUUGCUGGCCCUCAGGGACCCCUGCCCAACCAAACUAAUCAGUAAAGCCACCACGUAGGCCAGGGGCCAGCACAGCCCAGGUCUGGGCCGCUUGUGGGCUCGGCCUCAUGGCCCCCAAGCCCUCCACAGACCCCGGCCUGGAUUUCUGGUCCCCCAGGGUGUGAGAGAUGCCUGUCACGAGGCUGAGCCCCUGCUUGCACCCUGGAUUGGAAAUAGUGCUGCUGUCCCUCAGCUCCUCUCUGAGCACUGACUCCCUAGGAAGGGACCUGAGAUCUGGGCCAGAGCAGGGGCUCCCCCUCGGCUCCCCAGAAGGUGACGUCUUCCACAGCCCCCACCCAGCUUUCCCAGGAGGGAGCUAGUAGCCACAAUAGGAUUUUGCACUGUGGCCUUUACUCCCUCUGUCCUAUGCAUGUGGCGUAGGGACAUCCCUAGUCCAUCCCUGUGCCUGCUCUGCAUGUUGGACCCUGAGUUCCAGAAACAGGAAAGAGGAGGAGGAGAGAAAAGAGGAGGUGGACAGGACCUCCAGUCCACUAAAGUGUGCUCACUUUCCUGAGCCUUGGCCUUGGGUCCUUGACUCCAGGUUUCCCAGGUUAGGGCCCUGUAUGCAGUUGGUGUUUAAUGAGAGUUUGUGGAGAGGAGAUUCCAAGGCCUCCUUUGCCCACAGGCAUCUAGGGAUUACCCCAGCAAUCAGCAAGUGGGGAGAGGGCCCACUCUGGGAGCAAGCAGACCUCUGUUCACAUCCUGGCUGUAACGCUUGUUAGCCAGGGCACCUUGAAUGUGCUAUGUGGGUCCCCACGACCUCAGUUUCUCCAUUUAUAAAAUGGGGAGAAUAGUCAGAGCCUCCUCAUAGGGCUGUGAAAAGCGUGAUAAUGCAUGGAAAGCCCUUGGCAGAGGCCUGGCACUGAACAAAUGCUGCUGUUUUUUGCCAUGACUGUUCUGGGCCAGGGGCAGAGCUGGG